AAAAAGGGAUUACUAACACUACUCUCGGUAGAAGUAGUGCUCACCAACGUGCCUUUCCGCUUAGCAGACAUCGCCAAUGGACAUCAUGAACCGCACUCUGUCACUGAUUCUUCUCAUGGUACCGCUGCUGCUGGUACUGUCCAGUGGUGGCUCUCAUGGGUACCCGCUUCUUAAGAAGGGCGGAGAGCAUCUGCUAAAUGAAAUGCUGAUGAAGAAUGACCGUUUGAUGCUGGAGGAAAUACACGAAUGCUUUCCUAGGCUUCCUCGUAUCAACUGGGCCUUUGACACAUACCAGGUGGAAGCUUCAGUUGGGGCAGCAAUUCAAUUCUUCCGUGAAACCUUUCGCUUCUACAACGAAAACUUUGAGGCACUGGGAUUGUCGCAGGAGCUUGGUCAUGAGCUUUUACAGAUUCUAGAUCGGCUAAUAGAAGAAUGGGCUCCGUACGUGACCGACACAACAGUGAAUGAAGACGUCAGCCAAGGCAUAUCCGAAUUCUACAGACAGCUAAUAAAGCUGGUCCCAAAGCCGGGUAACGCUGCAUGUGUUCUGAGUGUGAUCAGCGAGAAUUUAUAUCAGGUUGCUCAUCUCUUAUCACGUUGUCAAAAACACCUUCUCGUAAAUGAGACCUCCAGAGUGGGCUACUUCAAAGAUGAAUAAAGGAAGAACAUGACACAACAAUUCUCAGUUUACCACAUGUCGCCUCAACGCCAACGCCACCUCGCAAACUCCCCAUAGGAACCAUGCACUGGAGACUCUCCAUUGGGCGGUACCACAUUCCUUCCAGAGCGCUGACUCUAGCGCCAAACAAAGCUCUUACUCGAAUCUUGCAAUAACCAAGCUCUCUCCUCUUCUGAAGUUCCUGCUGAAACCUUAACCUGUCUGCAUAACAAUAAUAAAGAAAAACCCGAUAAAGAUCUUCGUCAAGGCACUGGCGCUUUCUUGUGGGAGCUUUGUCAGGAACUGUUUCAUAUUGGGGUAACACCGCGUGCACUGAGACUGUCUACUGGGCUGUCAGGAAUAUGUUACAGCAGGCUGUUACGGCUUCUUCACUAAUGAGAAAAUGCAACCUCAUCCGUUAUAUCUCUUAACGUUGUCUGUAUAGCUACUGCAAAACAAAUACAUUCAUUGAAAGGAACUCUGUGACUAUUGCCUAAUAAACAGAAAGCCUAAA